AUGGUGAACUCACGUCCGCCAUCGAUCGUGGGCAACCAUGCAGACAACAAACUCUCUUUCUUCCAAAACGCGUCGUCCAAAGCAUCUGCAUACCAUUCACGGAUACCAUAUCUCCGAAGACUUCCUUUUGCGGCAAUAGCCAUCAUUAUCACACUUAUUGCUGUUAACCUGCUCGUCUGGGCGGCAGUCGGCAUCGUUCUGCACUGGCACACGCCCCUUAUUUCAACAGCAAUCUUGUCUUACACGCUAGGAUUACGACAUGCCCUUGAUGCAGAUCAUAUUUCGGCUAUCGAUCUCAUGACCCGCCGCCUCAUCGCCGCCGGCCAAAGACCAGUCACUGUGGGGAUGUUCUUCUCACUCGGGCAUUCAACUGUUGUCAUCGCGACAUCCCUUGUGGUUGCCGGAACUGCAGCUGCAGUCUCAGACAAAUUUGACAACUUUGAGCGUAUCGGCGGCAUUAUCGGAACUUCUGUCUCCGCAGCCUUCCUCUUACUCCUCGGACUCAUGAAUGUCUACAUUCUGUACAAGCUCAUUGUGCAAAUGAAAAAAAUGAUUGCGAGCGAGCCCGGAAGCGAAAACGAACAGUUUAAAAUCCAGGGCGGUGGUUGCCUGUUCCCCAUUUUGCAGAAGCUUUUCAAGCUGGUUGAUCGACCCUGGAAGAUGUACCCUCUCGGUGUGCUCUUCGGCUUGGGCUUUGACACCUCUUCGGAGAUUGCUAUCCUCGGUAUUAGCUCAAUUCAAGCGACCAAGGGGACUUCGAUAUGGCUUAUCUUAAUCUUUCCGCUUCUCUUCACAGCAGGGAUGUGUCUUCUCGAUACAACAGAUGGCGCAUUGAUGAUGAGCUUGUAUACAAGCACGCAACUGGCGCGCGAUCCCAUCGCGAUAUGCUACUACAGCAUCGUGCUAACUGUUAUCACCGUCAUCGUAGCCACGAUUAUCGGAACAGUGCAGUUCCUCAACCUCGUAUUGAAUGUCGCCGAGCCUCAGGGCAAGUUCUGGGAUGGGGUGGAGAAACUAGGCGAUGCCUGGGAUAUUGUCGGCGGUGCGAUAUGUGGUACCUUCAUCCUUUUUGGCGGUCUGAGUGUCUUGUUGUACAAACCAUGGAGGCGACGCAUCGACAAGAAAAGAGUUAGUAAUGCGCACUUCGAGCCACUAUCUCAGGAUCAGGACAUACCCGGGCCCGAUGAAGAGGCAUCUCGAAACGCGCCGUCACCAAAGAUCAAUUGCACGAAAGACGUCAACGUCUAUGUGGAGCCCAUCGACGGUACCGAUAGCGCAGGCCCUGCGAACCGAUAG